AUGCUUCUGCUGGGCAUCUUAACCCUGGCUCUCGCCGGGGGACCCGCUGGCGGGGCAGAACCAGAGCAGGAGGUGGUGGUUCCCAUUCGACUGGACCCGGACAUCAAUGGCCGCCACUACUACCGGAGGGGUCCCGAGGACUCCGGGCACCAGGGACUCAUUUUUCAGAUCACAGCAUUUCAGGAGGACUUUUACCUACACUUAACUCCAGAUGCUCAGUUCCUGGCGCCCGCCUUCGCCACUGAGCAUCUGGGCGUCCCCCUCGCGGGACUCACCGGGAGCUCUGCAGACUUGCGACGUUGCUUCUACUCUGGGGACGUGAACGCCGAACCAGACUCCUUCGCUGCUGUGAGCCUGUGCGGGGGUCUACGAGGAGCUUUUGGCUACGGAGGCGCCGAGUAUGUCAUUAGCCCACUCCCCAACGCCAGCGCGCAGGCAGUGCAGCGCAACAGCCAGGGCGCACACCUCCUCCAGCGCCGGGGCGCCCCUGGCGGGCCACCCGGAGAUCCCACCUCUCGCUGCGGGGUGGCCUCAGGCUGGAACCCCGCCAUCCUGCGGGCGCUGGACCCUUAUAAGCCGCGAGGGACCGGCUUAGGAGAGAGUCGCAGCCGGCGCAGGUCCGGGCGCGCCAAACGCUUCGUGUCUAUCCCGCGGUUCGUGGAGACACUGGUGGUGGCAGACGAGUCAAUGGUGAAGUUCCACGGCGCGGACUUGGAGCAUUACUUGCUGACGCUGCUGGCCACAGCGGCGCGACUCUACCGCCAUCCCAGCAUCCUCAACCCCAUCACCAUCGUUGUGGUCAAGGUGCUACUUCUCGGAGACCGCGACGCCGGGCCCAAGGUCACGGGCAACGCGGCCUUGACGCUGCGCAACUUCUGCGCCUGGCAGAAGAAGCUGAAUAAAGUGAGUGACAAACACCCAGAGUACUGGGACACAGCCAUCCUCUUCACCAGGCAGGACCUGUGUGGGGCCACCACCUGUGACACGCUGGGCAUGGCUGAUGUGGGCACUAUGUGCGACCCCAAGAGAAGUUGUUCUGUGAUCGAGGAUGAUGGGCUUCCAUCAGCCUUCACCACUGCCCAUGAGCUGGGCCACGUGUUCAACAUGCCCCAUGACAAUGUGAAAGUGUGUGAGGAGGUGUUUGGGAAACUCCGAGCCAACCACAUGAUGUCCCCAACACUCAUCCAGAUUGACCGUGCCAACCCCUGGUCAGCCUGCAGUGCUGCCAUCGUCACCGACUUCCUGGACAGUGGGCAUGGUGACUGCCUCCUGGAUCAACCCAGCAAGCCCAUCUCCCUGCCUGAGGACCUACCGGGUGCCAGCUACAGCCUGAGCCAGCAGUGUGAGCUUGCCUUUGGUGUGGGCUCGAAGCCCUGUCCCUACAUGCAGUACUGCACCAAACUGUGGUGCACUGGCAAGGCGAAGGGGCAGAUGGUGUGCCAGACCCGCCACUUCCCCUGGGCAGAUGGCACCAGCUGUGGCGAGGGCAAGUUCUGCCUCAAGGGGACCUGUGUGGAGAGACACAACCUCCAUAAGUAUAGGGUGGACGGUUCCUGGGCCAAAUGGGAGCCCUACGGUCCCUGCUCACGCACCUGCGGUGGGGGCGUGCAGCUGGCCCGGAGGCAGUGCAGCAACCCCACCCCUGCCAAUGGGGGCAAAUACUGCGAGGGGGUGAGGGUGAAAUACCGAUCCUGCAAUCUGGAGCCCUGCCCCAGCUCAGCUUCCGGCAAGAGCUUCCGGGAGGAGCAGUGUGAGGCUUUCAAUGGCUACAACCAUAGCACCAACCGGCUCACUCUUGCCGUGGCAUGGGUGCCCAAGUACUCAGGUGUUUCUCCCCGGGACAAGUGCAAGCUCAUCUGCCGAGCCAAUGGCACCGGCUACUUCUAUGUGUUGGCACCCAAGGUGGUGGAUGGUACACCAUGUACUCCUGACUCCACCUCGGUCUGUGUCCAAGGCAAGUGCAUCAAGGCUGGCUGUGAUGGGAACCUGGGCUCCAAGAAGAAAUUCGACAAGUGUGGGGUGUGUGGGGGCGACAAUAAGAGCUGUAAGAAGGUGACAGGCCUCUUCACCAAGCCCAUGCAUGGCUACAAUUUUGUGGUGGCCAUCCCUGCGGGUGCCUCGAGUAUCGACAUCCGCCAGCGUGGCUACAAGGGGCUGAUUGGAGAUGACAACUACCUGGCCCUGAAGAAUAGCCAGGGAAAGUACCUGCUCAAUGGGCACUUCGUGGUGUCGGCCGUGGAGCGGGACCUGGUGGUGAAGGGCAGCCUACUGCGCUAUAGUGGCACGGGGACUGCGGUGGAGAGCCUGCAGGCCUCCCGGCCCAUCCUGGAGCCCCUGACCGUGGAGGUCCUCUCUGUGGGCAAGAUGACGCCACCCCGGGUCCGCUACUCCUUCUAUCUGCCCAAGGAGCCUCGGGAAGACAAGGCCUCUCACCCCAAGGACCCCCGGGGCCCCUCUGUGCUCCACAACAGUGUCCUCAGCCUCUCCAAUCAGGUGGAGCAGCAGGGCGACAGGCCCCCUGCACGCUGGGUGGCAGGCAGCUGGGGGCCUUGCUCUGCAAGCUGUGGCAGUGGCCUGCAGAAGCGGGCGGUCGACUGUCGUGGUCCCCCAGGGCUGCAUGUGGCGUCUGCCUGUGAUGCAGCCUAUCGGCCGGUGGAAACGAGAGUCUGUGGGGAGCCCUGCCCGACCUGGGAGCUGGGUGCCUGGUCGCCUUGCUCCAAGAGCUGCGGCCGGGGAUUUAAGAGGCGUCCACUCAAGUGUUUGGGCCCUGGAGGGCGGCUGCUGGCUCGGGACCAGUGCAACCUGCGCCGGAAGCCCCAGGAGCUGGACUUCUGUAUCUUGAGGCCAUGCUGA